AUGUCUCACCCCGCUAGCCAUAUCGGCUCUGCUUCUGCACUCGCUCUACCGACAUGGCUCCUGUCUUACGUAGACGAGUCCGCUUGCAGCGCGUCGCAAUUUCGCGUUCCGCCGCAGGUCUACUCGAACCGUCUCUCGGAGGUCGUCUCCGGAAAUGCGAUCAAGAAGCUCAACCUUCCCCGAGAGGAGCUCGUUAUCUUGACCAAGGCGAGCCUAUCGAUAAUGGUGACUGUGCCCAUCAUCUGA